AUGGCAAUAACCCUGGCUCCUUUCUCUCUAGCCAAAGGUGCUGCCAAGGCUUAUCUUGCAGCACAUAAUACAGUUCGGGCAGAGGUAGGUGUUGAGCCACUUGUAUGGAAUAAAACAUUGGCAGCCUAUGCUCAAAACUAUUCAAACUCAAAAAUUAAAAAUUUUGUAUUUGAGCAUUCUAAUUAUCUGCAAUAUGGCUAUGGUGAGUGCUUAGCAGCAAGUGGUGACCAAAACUUCAGUGGUUCAGAUGCAGUAAAAUUGUGGGCAGACGAGAAGCAAUAUUAUGAUUAUAAAUCGAAUACUUGUCAAGAAGGUCAAGUUUGUGGGCAUUAUACUCAAUUGUCUGGCGCGACACACGUCAAGUAG